UAAAAAAGGAUAGAAAAAAGCCUUUCAACAAACCAAACCAACUCUCACUAUCCUACCAAAACACCAGCCCUUCCCAUAAAGCGUCUCAAACACUCAUCUGUAGGAGAGAGGCGCGAGGGAGAGAGGGGGAGAGAGAGGGGGAGAGAGAGAGAGAGAGAGAAAGAGAAGGGGAGAUGGGUAUAAAGAACUACCAUGCAAAUGAUAUGGGUUUCUGCUUCCAACCCCCAACCUUCAUUGAAUGGCUCAAACCAUCCCAACCAUCUCCUUCUUUCAUCCCUCAACUCCCUCUCCUUUAUCAACAACAGCAGCAGCAGCAGCAAGAGCUAUUGCACCAAACAACCCAAUGUUUACCUCUUCUAAGCAUGUUCAAAGAGGCCAAACCCAUGAAAGAAGAGGAGUUUGGGUUCCAAAGGGAGAGUGUUGGGGUGAAAGAUGAGAGAGAAGAGAAGGUUACUGUGGCCUUACACAUUGGGCUGCCUAACUCUGGAGGCUUUGAAGGUGAGAAGGAGAAGGGUUUUGGCUAUAAGGGGGAGGAGAGUAUGAAUAAGAGCUUUGAUGGGCGUGGCUUGAGCAGUGAGAGUAGGUUUUGGAUCCCAACACCAGCUCAGAUCCUCAUUGGGCCCACUCAGUUCUCUUGUGCUGUUUGCAACAAGACCUUCAAUAGGUACAACAACAUGCAGAUGCACAUGUGGGGACAUGGAUCACAGUAUAGAAAGGGGCCAGAAUCCCUCAGAGGGACCCAACCAACAGCAAUGCUGAGGCUCCCUUGCUACUGUUGUGCCCAUGGCUGCAAGAAUAACAUCAACCAUCCACGCGCCAAGCCGUUGAAGGAUUUUAGAACCCUCCAAACUCACUACAAGAGAAAGCAUGGGGUGAAGCCCUUCAUGUGCCGAAAAUGCGGCAAGUGUUUCGCAGUUAGAGGAGACUGGAGGACCCACGAGAAGAACUGUGGGAAGCUUUGGUUUUGCACAUGCGGAUCCGACUUCAAGCACAAAAGAUCACUCAAAGACCACAUUAGAGCCUUUGGGAAGGGCCAUUCUCCCUACCCAUCUCAUGUAAGCUUCGAAGAGGAGAAGGAAUGCGUCACCGGGUCUGAAGAUGAAGAAGUGAUAUCAGGAAGAUCGCAUUAAUCCGUCGUAUAAUAGCGUAAUUAGAGCCAUCAUCUUCCUUCUUCUUCUUUUUUCCUUUUCUUUCCUGGGUGUUUGGGUAUGAGUUUAGGGAGCUCAUCUAAGCUUGUGCUCAGUAACAAAAAACUCUUGGGAAGUGUUGUUCUUGCAGGAGGACACAUAGAAAGAGUGGUUUGCUACGGAGCAUUAGUGGGAUGAUGAGCAAUCAAUAAUCAUGAUAUCUGGUUUGCUUAAUGUUUUAAUUAGUAGGAUGAUUACCAUGCAAGGAUGUGAAGUAGCUGAAUUUUCUUCAUGGUUAAGGGGAGAGAGAGAGAGAGAGAGAGAGAGAGAGAGAGAGAGAGGAAGUCAAGUGUAACAGCCUUGUAAUCUCCUAAAUGGAGGAAAUUUGCCCACUUCAUUGACUAUUUUGGUAAUCAUCAUGUAAGAAGUAAUCAUUAUGUAAGAAAUGCUUCUGUCAAAUCUUCUUCUGGUGUGGGAUCAUCGUCCAAUUGAGCAAUCUUCUCCAGGUUUGUGCAUUGA